AUGUCCCUUAGAUCCAAACAAAUUCAAUCCCUUGAACGGAUGCUCCAUCUUAACCAAGAUGGCCAGCCAGAUCUCACCCUCGCGUCUAAGACGGAAGAAAUCAUCUGGAAAGCGUUGGUCCUCGAUAAAAAAUCCCAAUCCAUCGUAUCAUCAGUUCUCAGAGUCAACGACCUUUUACGUUGUGGUAUCACCAUCCAUCAAUUAAUCACCACUUCCCGAAGUCCCCUCCCCGAUGCUCCUGCCAUUUACUUCGUGGAACCAACCAAAGAAAACAUUCUCCUUAUAAUUGAAGAUUUACGCCACGAUACUUACGACCAAUUGUUCAUUAACUUUACUGCCUCCAUCGACCGGGAAUUAUUAGAACUGUUCGCUAAAGAAGUUUCCCUUAUAGGUAAGAGCCACAAAAUCAAACAAGUAUUUGAUCAAUACCUUAAUUUCAUCGUUACCGAACCUAAUUUGUUCUCGUUAGAUUACCACCAUAUCUUCACUAAAUUUAAUCAUCCUACCACCACUGAGGAUGAUAUCAAUGGCCUUGCUAAUGACCUUUCUAAUGGACUUUUAUCAUUAAUUCUCACCGCGGGAGAUAUCCCUAUAAUUAGAUGUCAACGGAACGGGCCCGCGGAAUUCAUCGCCCAACAAUUAGACACUAAACUUAGGGAUUACUUAUCCAAUACUAAGAAUUUGGCCCCGCCAGUGGUCAGUAAACGUUCAGUGAUGGUGAUUAUGGACCGAAAUAUCGAUUUAUCCUCAAUGUUUCAUCAUUCUUGGAUCUAUCAAUGUAUGAUUAGUGAUGUAUUCAAUCUUAAACGUAAUACCAUCACUUUACCGGACGGGAAAAAUUAUGAUAUCGACCCCAAGGAUUUUUUUUGGUCGAAAAAUAGUCAAUUACCGUUCCCUGACGUGGUAGAAAAUGCUAAUUUGGAAUUAGAAACCUAUAAACAUGAUGCUCAACAAUUAACUGCUAAGACUGGUAUCACCUCAUUGAAUGAUAUCGACCCCCUGGCUCCUCAUUCUACUUCCGAUACCGUCAAAAUGCAACAAGCCGUGGAUGCCCUCCCUGAAUUGACCGCUCGUAAGGCCACUCUCGACAUGCACAUGGACGUAUUGGCUUCCUUAUUGAAGGAAUUGGAAUCAAAGUCCUUAGAUAAGUUCUUUGAAGUGGAAACCAACUAUAAUAACCCCAAGAUUACUACCGAGUUCAUGGACUUAUUGAACGACCAGCCAAAAAAGGAUAACAUUAUCGAUAAAUUAAGAACUUUUAUAAUUUUAUUUCUUGUUUGUGACUUGCCACAAACAUACAUUGUGGAGGUUAAGGCCAAAUUUCAACAAUUGGAUCCUUCGUUGGAUUUAAGCUGUUUACAAUAUUUUGAGAAAUUCAAGAAUAUCUCCAGAUUAUCGUCAUUGGCUAGAGAUGAUGAAGGUAGUGAUGAUAGUAUCAACAUCAAUAACAACUCAGCUUUGUUCAAUAACUUAUCAUCGCGUUUAUAUGGGUUGACAGAAGGGAAGUUAUCUGAAGGUUUGUCGUCCCUCACUUCGGGGUUGAAGAAAUUAUUGCCACAAAAGAAAAAUUUACCAUUAACUAAUAUCGUGGAAGCAAUAAUGGACCCAACUAAUGCUAAUAGUGGUAGUGUGCAACUUACUGAUGAUUAUUUGUACUUGGACCCCAAGUCAAGGGGGGGACAUUCAAAACCUCCUAAAAGACAAAGUUAUGAUGAAGCGUUGGUGUUUGUAGUUGGAGGAGGGAAUUAUUUGGAGUACCAGAAUUUACAAGAGUUUGUGGUAGAGAAAGGUGAAGGAGUUAAAUCGGUGGUUUAUGGAUCUUCCAAUAUAAUGUCGGCCGUAGACUUUUUACAGGAAUGUAAUAGUUUAGGGAAGUUGUAG